AUGGCUCCAAAGCCACAGCCCUUCGGCAAGCACGAGGAUGACGAUGAAGAGACCGAUCUCCUGAGAGGAAGGUGGCCGCGGAACCGACCACAACCUGGCCGGGAUGUGGAAGACGACCUCUUGCCCUUUGGGCUAAAAGCAGACACGAGAACCCUCUGCGUGGCCGUAGUUUGCGUCUGCGUGGUGGGCCUCGUGCUGAUUAAGGUAACCAUGUUUCCUUCCGCGGAUGAAUAUGCACGUCCCGUGGAGACUUCGCCAGCGCCGCUGUGGACGACCGCGGACCCUUUGCUGGUGGAAAGCUUGCCGCCUUCCUUGCGAGGCCCGGCGGCAGGCCUGGGCGUGGAGCCGGCCAAGGCCAACCCAACCUUGAACCCACUUGCGGGUACUGGCGUGGUCGAGGACACGGACGGCCAGGGUGCUGUUCCAACUGGUAACCAAAACGAUCCUGAUGGGGAUAGGGGUGCAUUGGACGGCCCAGGUGAAGAGCCGUCAACUGCAGCGGCAAACCUGCAGUCCCCAGACUCAGACCAGAGCCCCCGAGAUGGGGGCGGCCAGCAGACUGCGGGGCAGGGGGCUUUUCAAGGCGGGGAUGGAGAUGCAUCAGACGGUGAUGGCAAUGAGUUGUCGACCACACUGGAUGGAGACGUGCCGGGCAAUGAUGGCGGCGAGCUGUCGACUACGGAUAUGCUGGAAGGUGAUGGUAAUGAGUUGUCGACCACAGAUGCAUCUCAAGCUUAUGGUGACGAGCUGUCAACCACGGCAUUAGAUGAGCCCACUGUUCAGGGAGCUGGCCAAGGUGCAGAUGGAGAGGCGUCGGAUGCUGAUAGUGAUGGUGAUGGGCCGAUGACAUCCGCAGACAGCGAGGAGCCUUCAGGCCAAGUCGCGGAAGAGCUCACCAGCACACUGCCAGAAUCCGUCCUCCAGUGGCAUGGCAAGGAAGAAGCCGUCCACCACUGGAACAGUCUAUCACGUGGCUACACAGAAGCCAUCCACAACUAG